GUUGAAGAUUUCAUAAAAUAAACAUGAACGAUAUGAGCGAUACCAUCACACAUGAGGCUUCCCUAAUAGGCGAGGAAGAAGCCACAACGAUAUGGAACAUGAACGGCCCAGUACCGGCCUCCAUUCAGGAGUGCAUACAUACUUUAUUUGAAGCUCGAGCGGCGGAAAACCCGGACGCGCCAGCGGUAGACGCAUGGGACGGCCGCCUGACUUAUGGUGAGUUGGAACAACAGUCAGCGCGGCUGGCAUGCGAUCUUUCCCGCUCUGGUGUUGGUCCCGAGGUUGUCGUGCCACUCUUAUUUGAGAAGUCGAUAUGGACACCAGUGGCCAUGCUUGGUGUGCUCAAGGCCGGCGGUGCCUUCGUGCCCCUGGAUGUGAACCAGCCCGAGGAUAGGCUACGCCAGGUCGUCGAACAAUGCGAGGCUAGGGUCGUUUGCGCCUCUGAGCGCAGACGAGAGCUCUGUUCGCGCAUACAGGCAGUGGCACACAUCGUGGGCCCAGAGUGGUGGCGUGAAAAAUCUGAGAACGAGGCCGCUGUACCACUUGAACCUAACCCAUCUUGGCCUAUGUAUGUCUGCUUCACUUCAGGCAGUACAGGGAAACCCAAGGGGAUUGUCAUCACGCAUUCUGCCUUUAGCAGUGCUCGCCACUAUCAGGCAGAUGCUUUCUGCUUUCAUCCGGGGGCAAGGGUCUUUGACUUCGCAUCCUACAGUUUUGAUGUGGCCGUCUACAAUGCCAUGAUGACAUUGUCAAUCGGCGCUUGCCUCUGCAUCCCGUCUGAGGAGCAGCGAAUAGGGAAACUAAACCAAACAUUACGAUCCAUGGCCGUGACCAUGGCGGCUCUAACUCCUUCAGCUUCUAGGCUCUUGGAGCCGGAGAGCUUGCCGAACUUGCAGACGCUAAUAUUAUCUGGUGAAGCUGUGAGCCAUGGCGAUCUAGAAAGGUUAAGGCGUGGCAGCUUCCGCGUUCUCAAUGCAUAUGGUCCUGCAGAGUGUACGCCAAUGAGCACUCUGAACUCCCACGCAAUCACAUCAGGAACUUCCAUCAACAUUGGAAAGGCAAUAGGAGCCCUGACUUGGGUCGUAAAUCCAAAUGAUCAUACCAAGCUUGUACCCCGGGGCACAACCGGAGAACUUCUACUUGAGGGACCAAUACUAGCACGCGAAUACAUGAAGGAGCCUGAAAAGACGGAAGCUGCAUUCAUAAACGACCCUCCUUGGCUGCUCAGAGGUGCUAGAAGCUGGCCGGGUCGUCAUGGUCGCUUAUAUAAGACUGGAGACCUUGUUUCAUUUGACACCGAUGGGAAUUUACAUUUCGUCGGCCGUAAAGAUGCGCAAGUCAAACUCCAUGGUCAGAGACUUGAACCUGGCGAAGUGGAACACCACUUACGACGAUGCAUGUCGGCAGACGACAAAUUCAUUGUAGAUGUUAUCGAGCUCGGAGGCGAGAAAAGUCGACCCAUGUUAACAGCGUUCCUGACAGGGCAACAAGGAUGGUCCGAUUCGAAACUCAUUGUCGAGGGAUUAGAACUAGUACAUCCGCAUGAAGACGUCGAGGCAGCACUGAAACGGGCUCUACCAUCAUACAUGGUUCCUACGUUAUACCUCCGAAUUCCCGCAAUCCCCUUGGCCAGCACAGGGAAAGCAGACCGACGUCGUCUUCGGGCAAUGGGGGCAACAAUUUCCCCGCAGCGCCUUGCUGAGCUUCGUGUAUUAGCUAGGCAAGGGGCAGAGCCGCGAACAGACAAUGAGUUUCUUCUGCGGGGCCUUUGGGCAAAUGUGCUCGAUAUCGAUGCAACUGCUAUCGGACUAGACGACGAUUUCUUCCGACUCGGAGGCGACUCGCUUGCUGCCAUUAGACUAGUUGGUGCGAUUGGAAAGGUCGGCUACGGUCUCACUGUUGCAGCUAUAUUUGGAAAUCCGAGCCUUGGGUCACAAGCUCGACUGCUUACUGAUGCUGUGACACAUAACUCGGAACCCAUACCGCCAUUCGCUCUUCUCGAAAGCAAAGACGAAUCACCACAUAUACGCCGGACCCUAGCUGAACUCUGCAACUUAGCAGACUCAUCUAUGGUUGAAGACGCCUACCCAUGUACCCCCUUGCAGGCAGGUAUCUUCUCCCUUGGCACCAAGCGGGAUGGCGACUACGUGCUUCAGGCCGUACUUGAAAUACAUGACAAUUGCCAAAUUGAUCGGUUCAAGGCAUCAUGGGAAGAGAUACUCCAGCAGACGACCGUACUUCGAACAAGAAUUGUAGAGCAAGCAAAGUUGGGGUUGUUACAAGUUAUCUGCAAACAGGAUGUUCAAUGGUUGCAAGCCAACGACUUGGACAGUUAUCUUGCAGAGGAUAGCUUGAAACCUAUGGGACUAGGCGAUGCACUCUCACGGUUCGCCUUAGUUGGCGAUGUGGCCAAGCCACGCUGGUUUGUCUGGACUGUACACCAUGUUUUGUACGACGGGUGGUCACUGCAACAAGUCACAAACCUCGCCAAACAGGUCUUCCUGGGAAAUGCAAAUAGAGAUGCAAUCGCCCAGCGACCCAAUUUCAAUAGCUUUGUGUCCCACAUUCUCAAAGAUGGCGUUGAAAGGAUGAAUAUGGAGGCAUAUUGGGAGUCGUACUUCGCGAAUAGCGAAUCCGCUACAUUUCCUGCGUUGCCAAUGGCGGUUAGGGAGCCGGUGGCUAAUGCCACUCUCGAAUUCAGCCUUCCAUCAAGGACACGCACCGGUGUGACGCUAUCUACCAUGUUACGUGCGGCGUUGGGCCUUGUCAUGAGCCACCAUACAGGGACUACAGAUGUCAUUUUUGGUUCAAUUGUAUCAGGGCGUACCGCCCCUGUUGCUGGUAUCGAGGAUAUUCUAGGGCCGACAAUAGCCACGGUGCCCGUCCGUGUGCAAUCACCCAAUACCCAGACAGUAUCAGAAUAUGUCAACAGCGUGCAACGAGACAUGACAGAGAUGAUUCCACAUGAACAAAUUGGAUUGCAGCGUCUCGCGAAGCUUAGCAAAGAAGGCCGAGAUGCGUGUCGCUUUCAAACUUUACUUGUUGUCCAGCCACAAAAGGAUGAGAUAGAGUCCGAUAACGUAUUUGGAGAAUGGCAAACGUCUUCAACCCAGCAACGGUUCUCCACCUAUGCCAUUACGUUAGAAUGCUUUAUUAUGGACGGCGAGGUACAGGCUCGAGCGAGCUUUGACACUAGAGUUGUGGACGAGUGGAGGAUGGGCCAAAUCCUACGGCAGCUUGGCACUGUGCUCGAUCAGCUGGCUGCGGCCCCAGCAGAUCGCACAAUUGGCGAGAUUGAACUAUUGACUACGAAGGAUAAAUCUGUUAUCAGCGGUUGGAACAAUCACGACAUCAACGUGGUGAACGAUUGUGUGCAUAAACGUAUUGCCGCCAAUGCGCAGACUCGACCAGAUGCCCCAGCUAUAGACGCUUGGGACGGUAAACUAACGCAUAAAGAGCUGGAUGACCUUGCCACUCAGUUAUCGUAUCAUCUUCGUGCCUUGGGUGUUGGCCCGGAUGUCUUUGUGCCUUUGUGCUUCGAGAAAUCGAUGUUCGCCUUGGUUGCGAUGCUUGGUGUGCUGAAGGCAGACGGGGCUUUUAUGCUCCUUGAUCCCGGUGUCCCAGACCAGAGAAUGAGGCAACUAUGCAGUCAAGUCGGUGCGAGCGUUGCUGUCACCUCCCCGACUUACCGGUCUAGGCUAUCUGACUUUGUCCCGAAAGGUUUAGUCUUGGAUUGGGAGUUCUUCAAGACACCCGUACCAUCUGUACCGUCACACAGCCAUCAAUUGUCUGAUCCAAGAAAUGCCGCCUAUAUCAUCUUCACUUCAGGAAGUACAGGCGUGCCCAAGGGUGUUAUAAUAGAACAUCGCUCCUACUGCUCUGCUAUCAUUAGUCAUCACGCUUUGAACGUAAACAGCAACACGCGCUCUUUGCAGUUUGGAUCUUACAACUUCGCUGGCGCCAUUCUUGAAAUUCUGAUGCCACUUAUACAUGGAGGCUGUGUCUGUAUUCUCUCGGACGAGGAGCGCGGUGCUGAAUUAGCACCCGCCAUUAGGCGGCUCAAUGCCAAUUGGGCAUUUUUGACCUCUACAGUACUCGCUAAGCUCGCUCCAGAAGAUGUGCCGUGUCUGAAGACGAUGUGUAUUGGUGGUGAACCCAUCAGAAGCGUCCAGAUUCAAACGUGGGCCUCCAAGCUUGAACUGCGCCAAACAUAUGGAUCAUCAGAACUCUCCGGGGUCGUAGGAUCUGCUAGACUAAGCGACUCAUCAACGCCUACCGACGUCGGUCGGGCUUUGAGCGGCAGAAUCUGGCUCGUGGAUCCAAACAAUUUCGACCGACUCGCUCCGCUCGGAGUAACGGGUGAGAUCAUUUUUGAAGGCCAAGUAGUUGGCCGUGAGUACAUCGGACAGCCGCAGAAGACAGCAGAAGCUUUCAUCCGUACACCUGCCUGGAGGGAGUCAUUCGGCCCCUGCACGUCGCGAUUCUAUAGAACUGGUGACUUGGCAGUGUAUAAGAAUGACGGGACAGUCCAGCUGCUAGGCAGAAAAGAUACUCAAGUGAAGUUGCGCGGACAACGUAUUGAGGUUGGUGAAGUUGAACAGCAAGCAAGGUUAGCAACUCCGGAUGUACAGGAGGUUGUUGUAGAACUUACUACCACUGCCGAGAGCACGCGAGGUCCAGAGCUUGUAGCAUUCCUCGUCCUGCGUAAGAGCCAAGAGCAGUCAAGUAUGGAAGAACACGAGCAAAAAAAGGCCAUCGUCAAAAUUCUUCAACAAGUCCAAGCCAGAUUGGAGAGCGUUCUACCCUACUACAUGGUUCCGUCACUCCUUGUGCCCAUAUCAGAACUCCCGCUCACAGCGUCCAAAAAGACGGAUCGCAAGCGUCUCCGAGAGAUGGGACCGGAACUCUCCGCUGAUCUUAAGCUUCAGGAGCUUCGUAAGCUGGCCGCGGCCAGAGAGAAGAGAAAGCCUCGUACAGUCGCCGAGCGACGCCUACUUGGCCUGUGGGCAGAAGCGUUAGACAUUGAUGCUGACAGUAUUAGCAUUGAAAACAGCUUCUUCCAAUUAGGGGGAGACUCUAUGGCCGCUAUGAAACUUACCGGAAUAGCCCGCAAGAUGGGAAUUUCUCUGCCAGUUGCCAACAUUUUCCGGAAUCCCACAUUCGCUGCCCAAGCCCAGGUCCUCACAAGCACAGCGCCCGAUGCCGAUGAAUGCGUCCGCCCUUUCGCUCUUGUCGUGAAAGACCAAGCAGUUUCCGGGCUUCGGAAAGAGCUCGCGGCUCUAUGCGACGUUGAAGACUCAGUUAUCACAGAUGCAUAUCCUUGCACCCCUCUACAGACAGGCCUGUUGUCGCUCACGGCCAAGCGAGAUGGUGAAUACAUCAUGCAGGCUGUACUAGAUCUACCAGAAGGCAUACAAAUUGAUACCUUCAAAGCAGCCUGGGAUGCGGCCGUGCAGACAAUAGCCAUCUUACGCACUCGAAUAGUACACCAUCAUCAACUUGAGCUUUUGCAAGUUGUCUGCGACCAAGAGAUCUCGUGGAACCAAGCGUCCGAUCUUGAGACUUAUUUGGAGCAGGAUAAAGCCAAUGCUAUGGGUCUUGGCCAUUCAUUAUCGCGCUAUACCAUAGUCGAUGAUGGAAAGCCUCGACAGUUUGUUUGGACUAUCCACCAUGCACUGUUCGACGGCUGGUCACUUGGCUUGAUUCUAAACUUUGUGUAUAACGAGUACGCCAGGGUCCAAAGUGUGAAGCCUGCCCCUUUCAAUUCCUUUGUCAAAUAUCUGCGUUCUUUCCCCGAUACCGAGGCGAGCAAGUACUGGCAAUUAUACUUGGCUGAUGGCGACUUCGCACCAUUUCCUCCCUUGCCACCAUCCGUGUCAGAACCGAUGGCAGAUGCAACCAUCAAGCUGGAGCUACCACCUUUGGCCUUGAAAGCAGAGACGGCGACGAGUUCCAUGUUGCUUCGUGGUGCUCUAGCUAUUCUGAUACAUCAGUACACUGGCUCCUCAGAUGUACUGUUGGGAGCAACCGUCUCCGGCCGGAGCGCUCCGGUAGCAGGUAUCGAUCAAAUUGCUGGUCCCACCAUUGCAACAGUUCCUAUCCGGAUACAAGUAGACAGAGAGCAGCUUGUCGCAGAGUAUCUCGACAUAGUGCAACGAGACUCAACAGAAAUGAUUCCCUACGAACAGACGGGUCUUCAACGUAUCGCAAAGAUUGAUACGAACGGCCAAGAAGCUUGCAAGUUUCAGACCUUACUCGUGGUGCAUCCGCAAGAGGGUGAGGACAUCGCACCAAAUGAUACCCUCGGUACAUGGCACACAUCGUCAACCAACAACCAAGGCUUUACUACGUACGCUGUAACGCUUGAGUGCUAUCUCGGGGCCAAUACAGUGAAGGUUAAGGCAAGUUUUGAUUCUAGGAUCAUUAGCACUUGGAGAAUGGAAUCACUUCUGCGGCAACUCAGUUUCCUUGUUGACAAGUUAUCGGAAGCGGACGCAGGACGUUCAGUAAGGGAUGUCUGCUCACUAACAGAGGUAGAUGUGGCAACUAUAUCAUCCUGGAAUAAUAUGGCCGGAAUAGAUGUGGCUGAUUCGUGUGUCCACGACCUAAUUGCCAAGCAUGCCCGGCAGCAACCAGAUCGUCCGGCAGUCAAGGCUUGGGAUGGGAGCCUGAGCUAUGUCGAACUCGAGCAUCUCUCCGACAAGCUGGCAUAUCACCUAGCUAUGAAUCUCGGUGUUGGGCCAGAGGUCAUAGUACCGCUCUGCUUUGAGAAAUCUAUGUGGACAGUCGUCGCUAUUUUGGGCACGCUGAAGGCCGGUGGUGCUUUUGUUCUUCUUGACUCUGGGCUGCCUGAUACUAGAUUGGAGACACUCUGCCGCCAGACAAAAGCGACAAUUUCCAUGGCAUCAGUCUCCUGUAAGACGAGGCUGUCUAAGUAUACGAAGAACACCGUUAUGGUGGACUGGGAAUUGCUUCGAUCACUACCAGAUAUGCGUCCAGCGCAGCCGAGAUCGAAACCGAACAACGCAGCGUAUAUCAUCUUUACUUCUGGCAGUACAGGCGAACCUAAAGGUGUGAUAAUCGAGCAUAGAUCUUAUUGUUCCGCCGCGAUCGGCCACGGGCGUCACAUGAAUAUGAGUGCAAACACACGCGCCUUGCAAUUCGGCUCUUAUAACUUCGCUGGUGCUAUCAUGGAAAUGCUCAUGACGAUGAUCUAUGGUGGAUGUAUUUGCAUCCCGUCUGAGGAGCAACGAGGCACUCAACUGGUGCAAACCAUCAGAGAACUGGACGCUAAUUGGGCUUUCCUGACCUCAACCGUCUUGGCUAAAAUGAACCCCGAGGAGGUUCCCUCUCUCAAAACAAUCAACAUUGGCGGUGAGCCUAUUCGGUCUUCUCAAAUCAAGCAAUGGGCAUCACACGCGAACCGCAACCUCCGCCAGACAUAUGGAAGUGCUGAAACCGCUGCGGUGGUUUCCUCAGCUGCGCUGAGCGUAUCUUCCGGUACGGGAGACGUUGGGACUGCGACAACUGGCCGAUACUGGAUCGUGCACCCCGACGAUCAUGACGAUCUUGUACCUAUAGGGGCCCCUGGAGAGGUUAUCAUCGAAGGGCCUACAAUAGGACGUCAUUAUAUUGGUGACACCGAAAGGUCAGCCAAGGCUUUCAUCUCCCCACCGGCAUGGAGGAACUCGUUUGGCUCGCCUCUAGCUGCCUCUAGAUUCUACAAGACCGGUGACCUUGCAACAUAUAACCAAGAUGGCUCCAUCGAGCUACUCGGAAGGAAGGAUACCCAAGUCAAACUGCGCGGCCAACGUAUUGAGACUGGAGAAGUUGAGUAUCACGCUAGACUCUCCUCGCCGGCCGUGAAAGAUGCAGUUGUAGAGCUAGUCAAGAUCCAAGAUAGCCAGUCGAGAGGGCCUGAGUUAGUGGGGUUCCUCGUGAUAGACACAGACGGGGAAAUGGCAGACCUACAAAAGCCUGGGGAUGAAUAUAUAAUGAAUACAUCUCUCAACGAACUAACGAGAACGACAAUCCGACGCACCCAGGCCCGUCUGGAGACUGUUUUGCCUCACUGGAUGGUUCCCUCAGUCUUCGUCCCCAUCUGGAAACUGCCCCUGACAGUCUCCGGAAAGACUGAUAGAAGACGUCUCCGUCAAAUGGGCGCAGCCCUUUCUCCUCAGAACCUUGAAGAGUUGAGGACCGCGACCCGUGGGGCAAAGAGACUUCCACGAACGAAGGCGGAAUACCAACUUCGAGCUUUAUGGUCACAGACACUCGGGAUAGAGGCUGAUUCUAUUGGUGUAGAUGAUAGCUUCUUCCGACUAGGUGGUGACUCGAUUGCUGCGAUGAAACUUGUCGGGGCAGCUCGUGGAGUCGGUAUCUCGUUGGCAGUUGCCGAUAUCUUCCGCAACCCUGUCCUCUCUGCUCAAGCUCAUGUGGAAGCCAAUUCAGUUCAGGAGAUAGAUAAGGAGCCGAUUGCGCCAUUUGCUCUGCUCAAUCAUAGCCACACGUCAAUUGACCUCCGAAAUGAAUUUGGCGGUCUUUGUGGCCUGGAAGCAUCGUUCAUUGACGAUGCUUACCCGUGUACUGCACUUCAAGAAGGGCUUCUAUCUCUCAAGGGUCUUCAGACAGCAUGGGAGAAAGUGGUGUCUCUGACUCCUAUCCUUCGCACCAAAAUCGUCUAUUCUCGUCAACUUGGAGCGCUCGUGCAGGUUGUCUGCAAUGAGGGUGUUAACUGGGAACGUGCCACAAAUGUGGACGAUUAUGUUAGAAGGGACAAAACUGUCCCUAUGGGGCUGGGUGACCGCUUAUCCCGUCUCGCUUUUGUCGACGGGGAUGGAAAGAAACCCAAGUUCAUGGUAUGGACCCUCCAUCACGCAUUAUACGAUGGCUUCACUAUCCCACUUGUCCUGGACAUGGUGGGCAAAGCAUACAGAGGCGAUCCGAUUCUCCAGAGGACUGAGUUCAAUGCGUUCGUCAAGUCAACGGUGCAGGAACAUGUCACCGAUGAUGCUGCGGCAUACUGGCAGUCUUACCUAGCCAAUGGAGAGCAUGUCCCUUUCCCUACUUUGCCUGUUCUAUCCAAAGAGCCAAAAGCCGACGACUCCUUCGAAUACACCCUUCCAUUGAAUAUAAAGACGACAGAGGCGACUGUCUCGACACUUCUUCGGGCGGCAACGGCAUUGAUGAUAAGUCAAUACACUGGCUCAGCGGACGUCGUCUUUGGCGCCACUGUGUCUGGCCGUAAUGCCGCCGUCGCUGGAAUCGAAGAGAUUAUUGGACCAACUAUUGCAACGGUCCCAGUGCGAGUCCAGCUUCGGGAAGACUACACAGUGCCAGAUUUGCUAGAAAAGAUACAGCAGCAAGCGACUGAAAUGAUAGCAUACGAGCAGACUGGCCUUCAUCGAAUUGCUAGAAUGGGCGAAGACUGCCGCCAUGCAUCCGCAUUCAAUACGUUACUUGUAGUGCAGCCGGAAGAAAAGCUACCGAGUGAUGCUCUAGGCCAAUGGCAAAUAUCAGACAACCAGGAAGAUUUCGUGACAUAUGCACUUGCCCUAGAGUGUAACCUGAGGCCUAACGAGAUAGCCUUGAAGGCCUGCUUCGACAGUGCCGUUGUUAGCAGGUUGCAACUGGAGCAUAUGAUCUUCCAGUUAAGUAGCAUUGUUAUUCAACUAGCAGACUCGCCACCAGACCGACGUCUCGGAGAGAUCAACUUAUUAACUGCUAAAGACGAGGCAACAAUCUGGAACUGGAACCAGACUGUCCCCGAGACUAUUGAAUUCCCUGUCCAUCAUAUUAUCAGCCGCCAAGAACAACAACAGCCAGACUCACCGGCAGUAUCUGCUUGGGACGGUGAGAUCAGUUAUAAAGAGCUAGGCGAGCUGUCUUCCCGACUGGCAAAGUACAUAACGAGCCUUGGUAUUGGUUCUCGAGAACCGGGUGCCGAGAAUAUUGUUCCACUGAUUUUCGAAAAGUCAAAAUGGGUGGUGGUGUCAAUGCUAGCCGUUCUCAAAGCCGGUGCUGCAUUCCUGCUUAUUGACCCAGACCAGGCGGCAGGCCGAAGGGAUCUGAUGCUGGCGGAGAUCAGCGCCAAAAUCAUACUAACAUCCAAGCGAAACGCAAAUAUACUAACCAAUUUAGACUACAAUAUCGUACCUGUUGAUGCAGAUACUCUGUCGUCUCUGCCAAGCGCUAAUCGCACAACUCACCCCAAAGUCCAGCCAGGCUCAGCAGCUUACAUGGUCUACACAUCUGGAAGCACUGGCCAACCGAAGGGCAUUUUAAUUGAACAUUGUGCUCUGGCUUCUAGUACUGUCUAUGGAGGGCGAUCAGUGAACUUCGAUAAGAAAACCCGCACUCUACAGUUUUCGUCUUACUCGUUUGACGCAUACAUCAUGGAAAUCCUAACGACGCUUGUUUAUGGCGGAUGUGUCUGCAUGCCAUCUAGCGAGAAUCGACUAGCGGAUAUAGACAAGACCAUCACAGACGGGCGGGUUAACACCAUCAUUUUGACUCCUUGCGUUGUCCGCUUACUCAAGCCAGCGACUGUUCUGACUUUGCGUACCGUUGUUCUGUGCGGCGAGACACCAAUGGAUGAAGACCUGCAACGACUUGUUACAGUGCCAGAGCUUUUCAAUGGAUACGGUCCGGCUGAAUGCACAGUUGGUUGUGCAUUCGGACAAAUUGAUUACAGCCAAGCGAGCGCCUACGUUGGAAAAGCCGUCGGUUCAGUAUCAUGGAUUGUCCACCCCGAAGACCAUGAUCGUCUGGUACCUGUUGGAGCAAUCGGUGAGCUUAUUGUUGAGGGCCCGAUUGUGGCUAGAGGGUACGUUGGUAGCCCUGUCGGUACGGCAGCAUCUUUUAUCGAAGCGCCGGCCUGGUUAUGCCGAGGCACCAAGGACCACCCGGGUCGACAAGCCCGCCUUUACAAGACAGGUGACUUGGUUCGAUACACCGAGAGCGGUGGUCUAACAUACCUUGGGCGCAAGGAUAUGCAAAUUAAGAUUCGAGGCCAACGUUUGGAACUAGGCGAAGUUGAGCAUCAGGCUCAAGCAUGCCUCGGGCCGCAUGCUCAAGUUGUAGCAGAAAUGGUCCGACUCAAUGGUGAUAACCAGAAGGCAAUUCUAUCACUUUUCGUGGCUGGCGAUCUGGAUGAAGAUGCCAAUAGCCAGGACUCGUUCUACCAUACAGUCCAAAUUUCCGACGGUGUCGAGCUGGCACGAGCCUCCAGUGCAUUGGAAGUGGCCUUGGCUCAGAGGUUACCACAGUACAUGAUACCUUCCCUAUACAUCCGAGUCGCAAUUCUUCCUCUGUCAGCAUCGGGCAAAGUAGAUCGAAAACGAUUGCGGAAGAUUGGGGAAUUUAUAUCAGCGAAGGACGUUGCUGAGAUUCGGGCAACUGGCGGACAAGAAAAACGACAGCCAACAACUGAAGAAGAGCGUGUGCUUCGUAAAAUAUGGGCACAGGUUCUUAACCUUGAAGCUAACAACAUCGGUAUUGACGACAGCCUCAUUAGACUUGGCGGUGAUUCUAUAUCUGCCAUGGUCAUUGUGGGAGAGUCUCGUAAUCUCGGGUUUGAACUAGGAGUAGCAGACGUUCUUCAUCCAAAUGGCCUGCAUCAUCUUGCCCAGAAAGCGCGACUAUCAUCAGACAAUGCUAAUAAGGUCAUCCCUCAAACUCCUUACAAAGGUCCUGUCGAACAAUCGUACGCUCAAGGAAGACUCUGGUUUUUAGACCAGCUGUAUCCAGACUCUACAAUGUAUCUUAUGCCACUAGCGAUGCGAGUGAGGGGCAAAUUACAUCUCGGUGCACUUCAUGCAGCACUUCUCGCAAUAGAGAGUCGCCAUGAAACCCUCAGAACCACUUUCACCGCUGAGGACGGCGUUGACCUGCAAGUUGUGCAUCCAUUCAAGCCUAGCGAAUUGAAGAUUGUCGAGAUCGCUGAAGGCAACCUGUUGCACACUUUGCGACAAGAGCAGAACACGCCUUUCAAUCUAGAGAGCGACGCUGGAUGGAGGAUAACCCUUUACCGACUGAGCGAAGAAGACCAUGUUUUGUCAAUCGUUAUGCACCACAUUAUCUCCGACGGUUGGUCCGUGGGCGUACUCCAACGCGAGUUGACAACGUUCUACACUGCCUGCAUUCAUGGCCUGGAUCCUCUGUCAUCCGUAAGCCCGCUACCAAUUCAAUACCGGGAUUAUGCUUUGUGGCAAAAGAUGCAGGAUCAGGUGGACACACACCAGAAGCAACUUGACUAUUGGGUUGCCGAGUUGGAUAACAGCCAGCCAGCCGAGUUCUUGUGCGAUAAACCUAGGCCGGAUACAUUGUCUGGAAAAGCAGAGGUUAAGGAGAUCAUGGUUGAAGGGCCGCUGUAUAAUGAGCUGAUGCAAUUCUGUAAGCGACACGAGGUGACGCCGUUCGUUGUGCUUCUCGCUGCGUUCAGGGCGACGCAUUACCGCAUGACAGGAUCAAAGGAUGCAACCAUUGGCACAGCGAAUGCCAAUCGAGACCAAGCGCAGGUUGCCGACUUGAUUGGAUUCUUCGUCAACAUGCAGUGCCUGCGACUUAAGCUUGAUGAUGAAUCUUUUGAACAGUUAGUUCAGAAAGUGCAGGCGGCGAAGAAAGCAUCACUGGAGAAUCAGGAUGUUCCAUUCGAGAAGAUUGUCUCCAAACUGAAGAAUACUAGAGAUCUGGCGCGUCAGCCAUUGGUGCAGGUGGUUUUCACGCUUCACUCUCAAACGGACCUGGGGCAAUUUAACCUGGAGGGUGUCGAGAUUGAUUCAUUGAAUAUGGCAUCAACAUCGAGAUUUGAUCUUGAAUUCCACUUCACCAAAGAAGAUGUUGGCCUGAGAGGCGAGGUCGCAUUCUCGACAGAUCUGUUCGAGCCUAAGACGAUUGACAAUAUGCUUUCACUUUUCCGGACAACUCUCGAGCACGGUCUUAGGGAACCUCAGAUAGAAAUAGGAUCGCUACCACUAAUGACGGAAGAUGCUUAUGCGACGCUCCAAGAGACUGGUUUAAUCCAGCCCCAUCAUCAACCUACCCACGCGCCAGAAUCUAGCGUUGUCAGCAUCUUCCGCCAACAAGUUACUGCCUAUCCCAACAGAAUCGCAGUGAAAGAUAGCCAUGCGAAGCUGACAUAUUCUCAACUAGACAUCAAAUCUGACGAGCUAGCUCGGUGGUUGACCAAGCAGUCAUUCGUCAAAGAAAAACUGGUUGGUGUAUACUCGGAACGAUCCUGCCAGACCAUCAUUGCAUACUUAGGUAUUCUGAAAGCCGGCUUGGCCUACGUUCCGCUCGAUGUUAGAAGCCCAGCGAGCCGUGUCGAGAGCAUUCUGUCUUCCGUUGAAGGCCGUAGGCUCGUCUUGCUCGGACGCCAUGCCCAACCACCAAGCCUGGAUCUAGAACAUCUCGAUUUUGUCGGUAUUGAUGACAUUCUCGAACAUGCUCAAAAUGGCACUAACGGUCAUGACGCCCUCGCUUCUUGCACUCCCUCCAGUGCGAGCCUUGCGUAUGUCAUGUACACUUCCGGCUCUACAGGCAAACCAAAGGGUGUGUUGAUUGAGCAUCGUGGUAUCCUCCGACUUGCAAGACAAAACGAUAUCGUGAAGACCCUCUCGGCUGGUUGCACCAUGGUUCAUAUGGGUAACAUCGCCUUCGACAUCACGACCUGGGAAAUCUACCCGACCAUCUUGAAUGGUGGCACACUGAUCUGUGUCGACAGUACUACGGUUUUGGACAACGACGCCUUAAUUCAAAUUUUCAAGAGCGAAAAGGUUCAGACUACCAUUCUUACACCGGCUUUCUUCAAGCAGUUCCUCGUUCAAGCGCCUUCCGUCUUUUCUCAGCUGGAGUUACUGCUAGUUGGUGGCGAUAAGGUAGACGGGCAAGACCUGGCGGCAGCAGGGGCUAUUAUGAAUGGUAGAAUUAUCAAUGCCUAUGGUCCAACAGAGAAUACAGUCAUUAGCACAUUCUACGACGUCCCUACUGGCGAGGAAUUUACCAAUGGAGUUCCCAUCGGCCGCGCUAUUGGCAAUUCAGGUGCAUACGUCGUGGACACAGACUUGCGUCUUGUGCCAAUUGGAGUUAUAGGCGAGCUCGUUGUUACUGGUGAUGGUCUUGCUAGAGGCUACAUGAACCCCGAACAAAAUGCAAACCGAUUUAUUACCUUGAAUAUCGGCGGACAGCAACUCAGAGCUUACAGGACUGGCGAUUAUGUCCGCUAUAGGCCUCUCGACGGCCACAUGGAAUUCUUCGGGCGAAUUGAUCUGCAAGUCAAGGUUCGCGGCCAUCGUAUAGAGCUUGGAGAGAUCGAAAGUGCUCUAAAGCGCCACGCUUUCGUGAGAGACGCCGUUGUCGUUGCAGAGCAUCGAAAUGAGCAAGCGACACAGCUUGCAGGUUUCGUAACCAUUGCCGAAGAAGACGAGAACGAAGGCGGUAAUGCAGACGUAGAUGAUGAUGAGGCGGAACAGCACGUCAAGCUAUGGGAAACACUCUUCGACUCUGACAAGUACACCACUGUUGAAGACGUUCGCCCCGAGUCUAUAGGCAGAGAUUUCACGGCUUGGACAUCGAUGUACAGUGGGGAGCUCAUCGCAAAGGAUGAGAUGAACGAGUGGCUUGACGAUACUAUUCGCUCCAUACGCAAUGGCGGGGAGCCUGGUAAUGUCCUUGAAGUGGGAACAGGCACCGGUAUGAUUUUGUUUAAUAUCAUCGAUGGCUUGCGAAGCUAUGUCGGUCUAGAGCCGACCUCAACGGCUAUCGAAUUCGUCGCCAAGACAGCCAGAUCGAUCCCUGGUCUACAGGAGAAGAUUUACAUGCAAAAGGGCACUGGAUCAGAUAUCUGCCUUCUGGGGAAGGACAACUCUCCAGAACUCGCCGUGAUUAACUCUGUUGCACAGUACUUCCCCACGCAAGCCUAUCUUUUCAAGGUGGCAAAGGAUCUUAUUCAAAUCAAGAGCAUGAAGAGAGUCUUCUUCGGUGAUAUGCGAUCCUUUGCUCUAUUUGACGAAUUCAAAGUCUCGAAGGCAUUGCAUCUUUUCGGCAAGACCGCACUUAGGGACGAAGUCGAGCGUCACAUGGCUGAGUCGGAUCGUGUCGAGACAGAGUUACUCGUUGAUCCCGCAUUUUUCACCUCUCUGAAGGAUUCCUUCCCGAAUCUCGUUGAGCAUGUUGAAAUCAUUCCAAAGAGAAUGAAGGCGACCAACGAACUAAGCAGCUACCGUUACAGUGCCAUCUUACACCUGACAGAUGACAGUAACCCCGUCCAGGUGCACAAGAUUGGCGAUAGUGACUGGAUCGACUUCAUGGAGGAAGGACUUGAUCAGCAAUCACUUCUACAACUACUUCGACAGGGCUGUUCAGCUGGAUCAACUGUAGCAGUCAGCAAUAUCCCAAAUAGCAAAAGUAUCCUUGAGCGACAUGUAGUCAAUUCGCUAGUGAAGGAUUCAGUUCAAUCAGCAAAUGACCGAGACUGGCUUCCAUCUAUUAUUCGGGAAGCCGAGAAGUGCCAUUCGCUCUCUGCACUUGACCUGCAAGAACUCGCCCAAUCGAUAGGUUGUCGAGUGGAGAUUAGCUGGGCUCGACAACACUCCCUACGUGGUGGUCUUGAUGCAGUAUUUCAUCAUCAUCAGCCACCCGUGGCCGGCAGCAGGGUUCUGUUCAAUUUCCCAACCGACCACGCCAAGGAUGCUUCCCGCGUGCUGACCAGCCGACCUUUACGACGACAGCUAACAGAGAAGGUGCGCGGUCAGCUCCACGAGCUGGUCCGGGAUACGUUACCUUCCUACAUGAUGCCUCAGUCAAUCACUGUGUUAGACAAGAUGCCAGUUACCGAGAAUGGAAAGGUCGAUCGUCGGGCACUGGUCCAGACAGCCUCUAAGGUCGUGAUCCCGCGAGGAACGAAGCAACAGCCAACCUCGUUGAUUGGAAAGCAGCUGCAAGGGAUAUGGGCUCAGGUCCUAUACGUCGACACGUCGACUAUUGGCAUCGAGGAUAACUUUUUCCAGCUCGGAGGUGACUCGAUAGUGGCGAUGAAGGCGGUGCCACUAGCUCGUGAUAUCGGCAUUGAACUUUCUGUUGCGGAUAUCUUCAGGCAUCCCACACUUGAAGCAUUGGUUGAAUCCCGCAAGACAGCGACAAAUGGACACGUAGAGAGUGUGCGGCCAUUUGCACUCUUCGCAGACAGUCAAGAUAUUCGCAAAGAGGUGGCUGUUCUUUGCGACACAGAUUCUUCGACCGUUGAAGACGCGUAUCCUUGUACAUCCCUGCAGGAAGGCUUGUUGUCGCUUACAGCUAAACGACCAGGCGACUAUGUUAUGCAAGCCAUCUUCCAGAUCUCCCCCGAUGUUGACAUUGUACGCUUCAAAUCGGCAUGGGAAUACGUCGUAGCUUCUACCCGCAUCCUACGCACCAGGAUUGUCGAGCAUGAACAGCUGGGCGUGAUCCAAGUUGUGACAAAAGAAGGCAUCGCUUGGAGCGAAGGCGACGAACUUGAAGAAUACCUUCGAAAGGAUGCCACGGACCUCAUGGGCAUCGGCAAGCGUUUGUCGCGCUUUGCGAUUGUAACUGAACAUGACGUUAGCCAAUCUCGCUGUCUAGUGUGGACGAUACACCACGCCUUAUACGACGGGUGGAUGCUUUCGCGCGUUAUGAGUUUGGUACAUGACACAUAUAAUGGUAACACUGCUUUGACUGAACAGCCGGGAUUCAACGUAUUCGUCAAGCAUCUUCUUGAUGCCCGAAGUAGCGAUGCUGAAGCAUACUGGCAAUCGUACUUAGCGGAUGCUGAGUUCGUUCCUUUCCCCACACCGCCAGCGUUGCCAUUCUAUGAGCCAGUCGCAGAUGCUGUGCUUGAGACUGGACUUGCGCCAAGAGUCAAGUCGGAGUUUACCAUGUCAACUAUGAUCAACGCAGCACUUGGUAUCCUCAUUUCUCAAUACACGAAUGUUACGGAUGUUAUCUUUGGUACAGUUCUAUCCGGCCGAGAUGUGCCACUCGCAGGUAUCGAAGAUAUCAUGGGCCCGACAAUCGCGACAGUCCCUACGAGAAUUCGGCCACAUAAAGGUCACACUGUCCGCGAGUAUCUCCAGACAAUCCAGAAGCAGAAUACCGAGGCUGCUGUAUACCAACAGACAGGUUUGCAGCGGAUUUCGAGCAUGGGCGAGAAUGGUCGUCGCGGCUGUGGCUUUCAGACAUUACUCGCCAUACAGCCAGAAGAUGAAGGGCUAUCCGAAGAUCAUGGUCUCGGAUCUUGGAAAACGUCAAGUGCAUCGAAAACAUUGGGUGCAACGUACGCCCUCCUCCUCGAAUGCCUCCUCGGAGCCGACGAAGUAAGAGUCAGGGCAAGCUUCGAUACUAGGGUCAUCAGUAAAUGGCAAAUGGAGAACUUCACUCAGCAGCUCGGAUUUAUCAUCAAGGAACUCGCAGCCGCUAAGCCGGGCCAACUUGUGGAAGAAGUAGGAUCCUUGACGUUGGAGAAUGAAAUCACUCUAUGGAACUGGAACAAGACUGUGCCAGUGGCCAUUGAACGCUUGCUACAUGAGAGUAUCAGCAAGCAAGCGAAAAUUCACCCAGACACGCCUGCAGUGGACUCUUGGGAUGGAAAGCUGAGUUACCAGGAACUGGAUGCUCUUGCUGGGCGCGUGGCGGAGCAUUUAAUCGCGUUGGGUGUCGGGGAUGGAAUCAUAGUUCCCCUGUUCUUCGAAAAAUCAAUAUGGGGAGUCGUAGCUAUGUUGGCUAUCCUUAAGGCGGGCGGUGCUUUCGUAGGCAUGGACACCUCGCAAGCAACUGAUCGAAGAGAGCGAAUCCUCAACAACAUCAACGCCAAAGUCGUACUAACCUCUAUUGAACAUGCCGAUAUCUUGGGCGAUUCCAAGUAUGCCAUUGUACCAGUCGGUCCUCGCGCGCUAUCAACUACUACCAACCCCACCAGAAAACUUGCGUCCAGCAAUGGAGGCGGCUCCAGAUCAGGCGCGACCAUAGAUUCGACCGCUUAUCUCAUGUUCACUUCUGGUAGCACUGGACAGCCUAAAGGUGUCCGAAUCAGCCAUCUUGCAGCAAGCACCAGCUGCUUCCACCACGGGCGUGCAUUCGGCUUCAGCGCAAGUACGCGAACGUUGCAAUUUGCAGCAUAUACCUUCGAUAUUGGUUUUACCGAAAUUUUCACGACGCUGUUGUUUGGGGGAUGUGUCUGCGUGCCAUCUGAUGAUGAAAGAUUAACGGCUAUCGAAGCUAGCAUCAACCGCAUGAACGUCAACCUGUGCUUCUUGACGCCGACUGUGUCUCGCUUGAUUCGACCGAGCCAAGUCCCUUCUGUGACGAAGAUGCUCUUGGGAGGUGAGAAGAUCACUGAUGAUGACAUCAACCGAUGGAGAAGCCCAACAUGUACAUUUUUCAAUGUGUAUGGACCUACAGAGACUGCUGUUGUCUCUAAUGUUGGCAAUACAAGUACGGGUUCCAGAGGAGGUUCGUGGCUAGGACAUGCCACCGGCGCUUGCUUGUGGGUCGUGUCGCCCGAUGACCCCAACCGACUUAUGCCUAUCGGGGCAGUAGGUGAGCUUGCGAUUGAGGGACACAUUGUCGGACAAGGCUACCUCAACCGGCCCCAGGAGACUGCGGCUGCUUUCAUCGACAGCCCAGAGUGGUUGCUCCGCGGUACCCAGGGCCGGCCGGGCCGGAAAUCAUUACUAUACAGGUCCGGAGACUUGGUCAAGUAUAAUGAAGACGGCACUCUGGACUUUGUCGGCCGAAAGGAUAACCAAGCGAAGAUGCGAGGUCUGCGUAUUGAGCUGAACGAAGUCGAUUUCCAAGUCCGCGAGAGCGUCCCUGACGCCGCUCAGGCCGUCGCAGAAGUGACAGAAUUGGCGGGAGAAAGCAACAGGCCAAUACUCUCAGUUUUCCUUCGUACCGAGAAAGAUGACAAUGGACCCGAUGGAUUUAUUUCCAGCCCAUUCCGCGCUGUCACAAGCAUAACAGAGAACGUUUCGUUGGUGUGGUUACAUCCGGAAACCGAGGCUGCUAUCUCGCAACGAUUACCCCCGUACAUGGUACCGACAUUGUAUUUUCUGCUCAAGAAACUGCCACUCAAUAUUUCUGGAAAAGUAGACAGACGAAAGCUACGCGAAAUUGUGUCCUCUCUUUCACCACAGAAAGUGGCAGAACUGAAGUCGCUCGCAAAGGGUGGCAAGCGGGCGCCGCGCACACAGACGGAAGAGACACUACAGCGUCUGUGGGCUCAAAUAUUAGAUAUUAGCGGGGAGACUAUCGGCGUUGACGAUAGCUUCCUUGGUAUCGGUGGUGACUCUAUCACAGCUAUGAGACUUGUCGUGUCCGCUCGCAAGGCUGGUAUCGCCCUUACUGUCAUGGAUAUCUUGAAACAUGGGUCACUUGAGACCCUGGCCGCAUACCAAGACAAGAAGACUGGCGAAACUCAACCGCGUCUUUCCGUUGAGCCUUUCUCCCUGCUGGACCCUGCUCAGAGAAGUGGUAUCAUUCAGUGGUCCAGCCAACUGCUCAAGAAUCGGGAGAUCGACGACAUUUAUCCUUUGACCGGAUUCCAGCGAGAUGUCAUAAAGAUGAGUCUGCAACGGCCCCAAGAAAGCCUGAACUACAUUUUUAUCGACUUUAGCGCGAACUUGGAUGUCGAUAGACUCAAAUCCAGUUGCCACAGCGUAGUUGAGCGCUAUUCUCUACUGCGUUCCGCUUUCAUCGAAUUCAAAGGGACAUAUUUCCAGGCUUCUCUCGCGCAACUACCACUGCAGAUUCCCGUGCUUGAAACCACCGAGGACAUUACUUCCGUUUCUGAGAAGUUGUGCCUCCAAGACGCGGAAUCAGGCUUCCGACUCGGACGUUCUCCCACCGCAUUCAUGCUCGUCCGGAGCAAGUCUCAAGGCCACAGACUCGUCCUCCGGCUAUCCCACCUUCAGUACGACGGCUUCUGUCUGCCCACUCUUAUCACAGCCGUUCUAAACAUCUACCGGGGCGUUGCCCCGCCUCCAGUGACACAGUUCUCGGAAUUCUUAGGACAUAAGCGUGACCGGCUAGCUGCCUCAUUAACCUACUGGAGACGACUCCUGCAGGGUUCAUCACUCACCAACAUCUCGGAGAUUCUCAUCCCCGAGGACCGACGCGCCGGCGUCGAGGCCAGGCCCCGCGAGAAAAUCAUCGUAGAGGACAGCGUCCUCGUUCCACAGCUCCCAGCAGGCAUCACAUUGGCCUCCGUCGUUAGCGCCGCCUGGGCAAUCAUUCUAGCACGUCUUACAGGAACCCGAGACAUCAUCUACGGUAGCCUUGUGUCUGGCCGCGACGUGUCAAUGCCAGGCAUUGAAAACGUCGUAGGACCUUGUCUUGAUAUUGUCCCGGUCAGAGCCCAGCUUUCAUCCCACCAAACCAGCUUCUCUCUCCUCCGCUCCAUCCAAGAGCAGAACCUCGCCGCGCAGUCCCACUCCCUCGGCCUCGACGAGAUCAUCAAGCACAGUGUCGAUUGGCCCGUAAACUCGGACUUCGACACCACCGUGCAGCACCAGAACACCUCUGACGAGAGCGCUGAGUUCAAACUAGAUGGCGAGACGCUGAAGAUGAGCUGGCUAGAUAACCCGAACCAGGUCCCGCCGCGCAUGGUCGUCAUGUCGUACCCGGCGAGAGGCGGAGUUCGCAUCCAGAUCGUUGCAAACAGCCAUAUCAUCCCCGCCGCCGCGGCCAAGGCGCUACUCGCUGCGCUAUGCGACGCCGUUGGAGCACUCACCGAGACCCAGGAUCAGAAGGUGUCGUCGUUGAUUGAGAGAAUAGGAAGCGAGUCAUGA